AUGACAACAACAAAAAUAGACUACCCCACCAGUCCGAUAUAAGACUCAAUAGUCUAAUGGGAAAAGCUAAAAAUGAAGCAGAAAAAAAAAAGGAAACGAAAGAAUUGAAAGAUCCAAGCCCCGUUUCGCAAAGACAGAACGGCGAAGAAAUUUUUUGAAAUAGGAACGUCGACCCUCUUUCUCAGCGUCUCUCCCCUCUUCCCCCCUCCCUCCCAGUGUGCCAUUGUCAAGUACCCGGCCUGGGGUUACAGACUCACAUCCUUCCAAAAUGACCAUCAAUCCCACUUACCUCGCGCAGCGCACGCGCUCCUCUGUCAACUGGACCGAUGCCAGGGCCCGUGUCCUCAAGUCCUACAGAGAAUGGCUUAGAGCGUCCCCCGAGAUCCAGACCAUGUACUCCCUGAACAUGCCCGUAUCCGCCAUCCGCACCAAGGUCCGCCAGGAGUUCGAGAAGCACCGCUACGUGAAGCAGCUCGGUGCUGUCGAUGUCCUGCUAUUCCAGAGCCACUCUGAGUACCAGGAAACUCUUAACUACUGGAAGCAGCUUUCUCAUGUGAUGAAGUACUUCCGUCCAGAGGAGGACCCCGGUGCCCGGCUACCUCCUAACUUCAUCUCGGGCUUCUUGGAAGGCCGCAAUUGAAUUGAAUUGUUCUUGAGUAUCUUCGCAUUGAAAUCUUUACCUUGGUUCGAGGAUUACACCGAUAGAGUGUCAUGUAAAUAUUGUCAGAGUAGCUAACGUCGGAUUUGUCAAGUUAUA